UUGUCCUCAAAUCAAUUGCCUCACUGGAAUAGAGAUCGCUCUGGGACUGAAGUUGUUCCAUGUAAGCAUUUCUGCCAAAGAGCCUUUCAACAGAGAUGUGCGAAUGUCAGGCUGAAUUUAACAACCUUCACGCCAAACUUCACGACGCCAUUAUGAAAGGAGAUUGUGAAAAUAUCACAGCCUUGCUGAAGAUCCAUCCAAUCAACAAUCCCAUCACUAUAUGGAAAAACUGUGCCACGUUCCCCACACUUCAGACACAGGUAACUGUUUUACCGAUCCAUCUGGCUGCAACAUACAGAAAGGAAAAGAGUUUGCAGUGUCUACUUCAACUGAAGGCUGACAUGGAGGCAAGGGACAAUCGGGGUCGAACGGCGCUUCAUUUGAUCAUAAUGCAUUGGCCCAAUAUCGUGACAAACUGGAUUGAACCAAAGACCAAAUUUCAGAGAGCAAUGGCUGCAAUGCAAAACAGAACAGAGUCCUGCCUCCAUUUGCUGUGCCAGCACGGAGUGCAGGUAAAUGCCAGCAUGGAGAGCGAUAGCCAGCACACCCCAAUGCACCUCGCUGUCCGCCAUGGAGCCUUCCCUGCUAUCUCCAUUCUGGCCCAGCACGGGGCCAACAUAAAUGCCAUCGACAAAUACGGCAUGACGCCAUUACACAUGGCCACUGGAAUCCUGCAUAAGGAGAUGACGGAAAAACUGAUCAGCUAUGGAGCGGAUGUCAACAGCAAAAUCCCUCACUCGGGGAACACACCACUGAAGCUGGCUGUGUGCACAGCGUCUAGCAAGGGAGGCAAGCUGCUGGGUACCGACUUGGGCUGCAUUCACGUGUUGCUGAGUUGCGGAGCUGAGGUCAAUGCGCAGGACCAGGAAGGGAGAGCGGCCAUUCACGACGCCUGCUUUGGGGGCAGGGAGGAAAUCGUUGAUCUGCUGUUGGAACAUGACGCCGACUUUAACCUCCAAACGAAACUAGGGGAAUCACCGCUGUUCCUUUUCCUGGAUCGCCGCCCUAACCUGAAAUGCACACGCCUUCUUGGCAAACUUCUCAGCCUCUCACACCCGUUGAGAAUAUCAACCGGAGGCGGGCUUCUCCCCAGUGGGCUGCUCUACCCGGAACACCAGCAGCACAAGGAGUUUCUGCUAACUUUGAUCCAGGAGCCCCCAGGGCUCAGGGAUAUCUGCAGGAUCAAAGUGAGGAAGAUGUAUGGUCACAGACACAGCGAGCGCCUGAAAGAGAUCCUUCCAAAGGUUUUGUGGGAAUUUGUCUACAGUUACCCGGACUAUUCCGAUCAUUUUCACGAGAUGACUAGAAAGCAACAGAGUAACACUCACCUGCACACUCGAGAACUUGACCAGAGGCUGGGCAACAUGCAUUUAUCGUAA